AUGUCGGAGAGACCAGCGAUUGUCGGCGUGGAUGCUGGCCCUGAACCGCCGUACCCUCUGCGGAUGGAGGGCAAAGUCAUCUCUGGCUUUGGUCGCGGCUCCAAAGAGCUCGGCAUUCCCACCGCCAACCUCCCCGUAGACGCCACCCUCACGCCCUGGAUAGGCGACGUCACCUCUGGCGUCUACUUUGGCUAUGCCUCCCUCUCCCUCCCCGCCUCUCACCCGGACCACAACCCCUCUUCUGCUUCUUCUUCUUCUUCCUCCUCCACCUUUUCCGUCUUUCCCAUGGUCAUGUCCAUUGGCUACAACCCGUUUUACAAAAACACGGUGCGUAGCGCCGAAGUCCACGUGCUGCACAAGUUUUCGCAGGACUUUUACGACGCCCACAUGAGGCUGCUGAUUACGGGCUUUAUUCGCGAGGAAAAGGAUUACAAGAGCUUGGAGGCGCUCAUUGAGGAUAUUAAUUUUGACUGCGAGGUGGCGAGGAAAAGCUUGGAGAGGGAGGGAUGGGCGUAUGGGACGCUGGAAGGGGGCGAGUGGUUGACAAAGGAACUGUAG